CAACAUGUAUAUCUUCCCCAACCAACCCUUCCAACCCCUCAAAACUCCUCAUAGCAACCAUGGCUCCCCUCAAACCCUCGCUCCCAAACGCUGAAGAUCGCCUCUCCAGCCUCGAUGACCGCCUCCCAUCAACCUUGGCCGCGCAAAUAGAGAAACGCCUCUCUAACGCCCUCGAAUCCGCCCGAAGCGCAACGCAGACAGCUAAAGCUGCAGAAGCUGCACAUGCCCGUGCAAACGAUGAGUCACUAUCUCCAGAAGAACGACAGCAGGCGGAGCAGGAAGCUAAGAAGCUGGAUAAGCAAGCAAAAUCGCAAUUGAAACUUGCACGGCGACUCCAAAGCGGAGCGUGGCAGGGAGCCGGAGCAGGUGCUGGGAUUGGCGCUGCCACGGGGUUGGGGUUGGGGACGGUGGUGGGAACACUGACGGGGACACUAGUUGGGGGUGUCGCAGCGAUUCCGACGACAGCGUUGGGCGGGUUGAUUGGAGCGGGGACCGGCGCUAUACACGGUCCUUGGGUUAAGAUUGGUAGGGGGGAUAAUGAAGAGGGGGAUAAAGCCACGUUAGAGGGCGUUGAGGGAUUAGAUGGGAAGACUUUGCAGGAGUUACAGGAUGAAGGGGUGGAUCUUGAUAGUCUGGAUAUACAAAGUAUAAUGGAGAGUGGGGGUGGCGACCUGGAGUAUCCAUUCGAACUUUCGUCAGAAGAUACGUCAUCAAGGGGUGAGCUUGCGGAUCCUAAGAACGGACAAGAUCUAAAUCCGGACGAGAAAUUUGGUAAAAUGCUCGGAGAGGAAGAUGAGGAGAAGAAGGGGUAGUUCGGAUAAUCGACGAACUUCAAAGUAUCAACCAUACAGUAGUCGACUAGGAUUAUGGUACCUAGACGCGCGGUACUUCAAACGCCAGCCCGAAUCUGUCUGGUUCCUUUAUUAAGACUGCAGAUUCGGCGCAGUGAGAGUUUAAACCCUAUAACUCGAAUUAGCCUCUUAAUAAUCCCCACUUUCACACUGGGUUGAUGUAUUAAGAAGUAGAGCAGUGGAUGCUAGCAAAUGG